AUGUCCCGCUUCGUGGAAAUGAAGGAGUUUGGGGAGGCUGCUCCAUUCCUCCGGAAAACCAACCUGGAGCUAUUGGCUGCGCAAAGCCAUGCCUUUGAUGGUAAAAAGCGAGUUUGGGUCCCAGAUGAAAAAGAGGCUUACAUUGAAGUGGAGGUAUUAGAAACAGAAGGGGACAAAGUCAUUGUGGAAACCAAAGAUGGCCGGACCCUGACACUAAGAGAGGAUGAUAUUCAACAACUGAACCCUCCAAAGUUUGACAUGAUUGAGGACAUGGCCAUGCUGACCCAUCUCAAUGAGGCUUCUGUCCUUUUCAACCUCCGCAGACGCUACAGUUUCUGGAUGAUCUAUACUUAUUCAGGACUGUUUUGUGUAACAGUGAAUCCCUAUAAAUGGCUUCCAGUCUAUGCUCCUGAAGUGGUUGCAGCCUACAAGGGCAAGCGGCGCUCAGAGGCCCCACCCCAUAUCUACUCCAUAGCAGACAAUGCCUACAAUGAUAUGCUACGCAAUCGUGAGAACCAGUCCAUGCUCAUCACCGGUGAAUCCGGGGCUGGCAAAACUGUAAACACGAAACGUGUAAUUCAGUAUUUUGCCAUUGUAGCUGCUCUGGGCGAAGCAGCGGGCAAUAAAGGAGGUACAUUAGAGGACCAGAUUAUUGAGGCAAACCCAGCCAUGGAGGCUUUUGGCAAUGCCAAAACAGUGAGGAAUGACAAUUCAUCUCGUUUUGGCAAGUUCAUUAGAAUCCAUUUUGGUCCUACAGGGAAACUAGCCUCUGCUGAUAUUGACAUAUACCUUCUGGAAAAAUCAAGAGUGAUUUUUCAGCAGCCUGGAGAGCGAAGCUACCACAUCUAUUACCAAAUCUUAUCUCAGAGCAAACCAGAGCUCCAAGACAUGCUGCUGGUGUCAUCCAAUCCCUUUGACUACCACUUCUGCUCUCAGGGUGUGACCACAGUAGACAACCUGAAUGAUGGAGCUGAACUGCUUGCAACAGACCAUGCCAUGGAAACUCUUGGUUUCACACCUGAAGAAAAAUAUGGCUGCUACAAGAUUGUGGGUGCCAUUAUGCACUUUGGGAACAUGAAAUUCAAAGUGAGGCAGAGAGAGGAGCAAGCAGAAGCCGACGGCACUGAAAGUGCUGACAAAGCCUCCUACUUGAUGGGGAUAAGUUCAGCUGACCUCAUAAAGGGCUUGCUCAACCCCAGAGUCAAAGUGGGCAAUGAAUACAUCAUCAAAGGGCAGACUGUUGAACAGGUGACUUAUGCAGUUGGAGCCCUUGCAAAAGCCACUUAUGACCGAAUGUUUAAGUGGAUAGUGGGCAGAAUCAACAAAACUCUUUACACAGCCAUCCCCAGACAGUACUUUAUAGGGGUUCUGGACAUAGCAGGUUUUGAGAUCUUUGAGUUCAAUAACUUUGAGCAACUUUGCAUUAACUACACCAAUGAGAAACUACAACAGUUUUUCAACCACCACAUGUUCAUCUUGGAACAAGAGGAAUAUAAAAGAGAAGGCAUUGAGUGGACCUUUAUAGACUUUGGCUUGGAUCUGCAGGCCUGCAUAGAUCUUAUUGAGAAACCACUGGGCAUACUGUCUAUUUUGGAAGAGGAGUGUAUGUUCCCUAAAGCAACCGAUAGCAGCCUCAAGGCUAAGCUUUAUGACAACCAUGUUGGCAAGUCUCCAAAUUUCCAGAAACCAAGACUAGACAAGAAACGCAAGUACGAGACCCACUUUGAGCUGGUACACUACGCUGGCGUGGUACCAUAUAACAUCAGUGGGUGGCUGGACAAAAAUAGAGACCCUCUGAAUGAGACUGUUGUGGCAUGCUUCCAAAAAUCAUCCAACAAGUUAAUGGCAAGCCUCUUUGAGAACUAUAUUGGUGUAGAUUCAGGGACAGAGGCCAAACCAGGAGGCAAGGAAAAGAGGAGGAAAGGAGCAUCUUUCCAGACAGUUUCACAGCUCCACAAGGAGAAUCUAAACAAGCUGAUGACCAAUCUGAGAAGCACUCAACCUCAUUUUGUGCGAUGUAUUAUUCCCAAUGAGACCAAGACCCCAGGAAUGAUAGAGCCAUUCUUGGUUCUGCACCAACUGCGUUGUAAUGGAGUGCUAGAGGGAAUCCGUAUCUGCAGAAAGGGAUUCCCAAAUCGCUUACUCUAUGCAGAGUUCAAACAGCGUUACCGUAUACUGAAUCCUUUGGCUAUCCCAGAGGACACCUAUGUGGACAGCAGGAAGGCUGUGGAGAAGCUCCUUGGUUCUCUGGAUAUUGAUCACACUCAGUACAAGUUUGGCCACACCAAGGUCUUUUUCAAGGCUGGUCUACUGGGACAGUUGGAGGAUAUGAGGGAUGAGCGCCUGGCCAAAAUUUUGACUAUGUUGCAGGCCUUCUGCCGGGGCAAACUCAUGAGGAUGGAGCGGCAGAGGAUGAUGAAGGAGAAGGAGGCUCUGAUGGUCAUUCAGUGGAAUAUCAGAGCCUUUUACUCAGUGAAGAACUGGCCCUGGAUGAGACUGUUCUUUAAAAUCAAGCCCUUGCUAAGAAGUGCCGCUACUGAGAAGGAGUUGGCUGCACUAAAGGAGGAGUUCCAGAAACUGAAGGAAGCACUGGAGAGGUCUGAAGCCAAGCGGAAAGAGUUGGAGGAGAGACAUGUUUCCCUGGUUCAGGAGAAAAAUGACCUGUCCCUGUUGCUUCAGGCUGAGCAAGAUAACCUUGCAGAUGCAGAAGAUCGCUGUGACCUACUCAUCAAAGCCAAGUUGCAGCUAGAGGGUAAAGUGAAGGAGCUGAUGGAGAGGCUAGAGGAUGAAGAAGAGAUCAAUGCCACUGUCCUCUCCAAGAAACGCAAGCUAGAGGACGAAUGUGCUGAGCUUAAGAAAGACUUAGAUGAUCUCGAAAUUACUCUGGCUAAGGUAGAGAAGGAGAAACAUGCCACUGAAAACAAAGUGAAGAACUUGGUUGAGGAGAUGGCUGUCCUCGAUGAGGCCAUUUUGAAGUUGACCAAGGAGAAGAAGGCUCUGCAGGAGGCUCAUCAGCAGGUCCUGGAGGACCUUCAAGCUGAGGAAGACAAGGUCAACAUGCUGUCCAAGGCAAAGGCCAAGCUUGAGCAACAAGUGGACGAUCUGGAAUGUUCCCUAGAGCAAGAGAAGAAGGUGCGCAUGGAUCUUGAGCGGGUCAAACGCAAAUUGGAGGGAGAUCUUAAACUUUCCAUUGAGUCUGCCAUGGACGUGGAGAAUGAGAAGCAGCAGCUGGAGGAGAGCCUUAAGAAGAAAGACUUUGAAAUGAGUCAGGUCACAUCCAAGAUAGAGGAUGAACAAGCCCUUGUUAUUCAGCUACAAAAGAAAAUAAAAGAAUUACAGACUCGUAUUGAGGAGCUAGAGGAACAGCUGGAAGCAGAAAGGGCAGCACGGGCGAAAGCAGACAAACAACGCUCCGACGUGUCACGGGAACUGGAAGAGCUGAGUGAACGGCUGGAAGAGGCAGGUGGAGCGACUGCUGCCCAGAUCGAGAUGAACAAGAAGCGGGAGGCUGACUUCCUCAAGUUGCGUCGAGAUCUGGAGGAGGCCUCGUUGCACCAUGAGGCCAUGGCAGCUAUGCUGAGAAAGAAGCAUGCAGACAGUGUGGCUGAGCUGGGUGAGCAACUGGACUGCUUACAGCGUGUCAAACAGAAGCUGGAGAAGGAAAAAGCUGAGGCCAGGAUGGAGGCUGAAGAUUUAGCUUCUAACCUUGAACAUCUCUCUAAGGCCAAAGCCACAACAGAGAAGAUGUGCAGAAUGUAUGAGGACCAGCUGAAUGAGUCAAAGGCCAAAGCUGAUGAACUUCAGAGACAGCUUAAUGAUGUCAACUCACAAAGAGCCCGUGCACAGACUGAGAGUGCUGAGGUGAGUCGUAGGUUAGAGGAAAAGGAGGUACUGGUCAUGCAGCUGCAGCGAACUAAAAUCUCAUUAAAUCAGAGUAUGGAGGAGAUGAAGAAACAGUUUGAGGAGGAAUGCAAGGCGAAAAAUGCCCUGGCUCAUGCCCUGCAGUCAUCAAGGCAUGACUGUGACCUUCUAAGGGAGCAGUUUGAGGAAGAGCAGGAAGCCAAGUCUGAAUUGCAGCGUGCUCUUUCAAAGGCUAAUGCAGAGGUUGCCCAGUGGAGGACCAAGUAUGAGACUGAUGCCAUUCAGAGGACAGAGGAACUGGAGGACGCCAAAAAGAAGUUGGUGACUCAACUUCAGACCACAGAAGAAGCAGCUGAAGCAGCCCAUGCUAAGUGUGCAUCACUAGAGAAGACUAAGCACCGUCUGCAGACUGAGAUGGAGGACCUGAUGCUGGACCUAGAGCGCUCCAACGCUGCUGCUGCUGCACUGGACAAAAAGCAGCGUCACUUCGACAAGGUGUUGUCAGAAUGGAAGCAGAAGUAUGAGGAGACCCAGUCAGAGUUGGAGUCUUCUCAGAGGGAGUCACGCAGCCUGAGCACAGAACUCUUCAAGCUCAAGAACUGCUAUGAGGAAGCACUGGAUCACCUUGAGACUGUCAAACGGGAGAACAAGAACCUGCAGGAGGAGAUCACUGACAUGGCUGAUCAGAUAAGUCAAGGAGGAAAGACCAUCCAUGAGCUGGAGAAGAUGAAAAAGACCUUGGACCAUGAAAAAAGUGAUAUUCAGGCUGCUCUUGAGGAGGCUGAGGGCACCCUAGAGCAUGAAGAGAGUAAGACCUUGCGCAUCCAGCUUGAACUAAGCCAGUUCAAGACUGAGACUGAGAGAAAGAUUGCUGAGAGGGAUGAAGAAAUUGACAACCUGCGUCGGAAUCACCAGCGAGCCUUGGAGUCCAUGCAGACCACCUUAGAUGCAGAGGCAAGGGCCCGUAAUGAGGCAGUCCGCAUUAAAAAGAAGAUGGAAGGGGACUUGAAUGAAAUGGAGAUACAGCUGUGCCAUGCUAAUCGUCAGGCUGUCGAAUCACAAAAACUUGUGCGCCAUCUACAGGCUCAGAUAAGGGAUCUGCAGGUGGAGCUUGAUGAAACCCUUCACCACAACCAGGAGCUGAAAGAGCAAGUGGCAUUGACCGAACGCAGAGCCUCCUUGCUGGCUGCUGAAGUGGAGGAGCUGAGGGGGCUGGUGGAACAAACAGACAAAGGCCGUAAAAUCGCUGAGCAUGAGCUGUUGGAGUCCAAUGAAAGAGUCAACUUAUUACACACACAGAACACAGCACUGUUAAACCAGAAGAAAAAGCUGGAAGGUGAUCUCUCCAUGCUUGCAGGGGAAGUUGAUGAGGCUCUGCAAGAGUGCAGAAAUGCAGAAGAGAAGGCCAAGAAAGCCAUCACUGAUGCAGCUAUGAUGGCAGAGGAGCUUAAGAAAGAGCAGGACACCAGUGCUCACCUUGAGCGCUUGAAGAAGAAUACAGACCAGACCAUCAAAGACCUGCAGAUGCGCUUGGAUGAAGCAGAACAGAUAGCCUUAAAGGGCGGCAAGAAACAAAUUCAGAAACUGGAAACACGGGUCAGAGAGCUAGAGGGUGAGUUGGAGUGUGAGCAGAAGAAAUGCGGAGAGUUUCAAAAAGGAUUACGCAAAUAUGAGAGGAGGAUCAAAGAACUCACCUACCAGACAGAGGAGGACAGAAAAACUUUACUGAGGAUGCAGGAUCUAAUUGAGAAGCUGCAGGCUAAAGUGAAGAGUUACAAAAGACAAGCUGAGGAGGCAGAAGAGCAGGCUAACUGCAACAUGACCAAGUACAGGAAGAUUCAGCAUGAGCUGGAUGACGCAGAGGAGAGAGCAGACGUGGCAGAGUCUCAGGUUAACAAACUGCGAGUGCGCACCAGGGACCAGGGGGGCAAGGUGUUGGUCCUCUGCCUGGCAUUCCUGGACAGGAGGCUUAGAUAUGAUGACAGACAGGAUGUGACAGAUGUGGGCCAGUUACUGCUGGUCAAAGCUCUGGACCAAACCAGGAGGAUUAGGAAUAUCCUUUAA